AAAGAAAAUGGCGGGUAAGUAAUUUGAAAUCAGUUCUACCAAAGUGGCAAAGUAAAUUUCCCCAUCUACUCAUGUCGAAAGCAGGUUUGCCACAGAAAAGUUGUCUCGACUCUCGAUGACAAACGACAAAUUGAAGAGGAAUUCCUGUAAAAUAUUUACACAAAGAAAGUGCAAAAGACUUGCGAUAGGAUUAAUGUGGCGUUACUUAUUUGAAGUUAGAGUCCUGAAAAUUUAGCAAAAUCAUUUCCAGCGAAAAUGGCCGAUCACGAUGAAAUGAUUGCGCGUUUUAAGGAUGUUACCGGGGUCGAUACCGAAAGAGCCCAAUUUUAUCUAGAAUCCUCGGCUUGGCAAAUAGACGUUGCACUAGCUGGUUUUUUUGAGAAUGAUUCAGAACCUAUAAGUUUGCCACACGAGCAAGCAGGAGAAAGAGUACAAGAAGAGGACAUUUACGAAGAUUCAGACAACUUAACCAGACCAAAGGAACCCACUCCUACAGAAAUGAAAGCGUCAAAGUCCAAGCCAAAAAAAAAGUCAAACUUUGGAACUAUCAAAAAUCUGCAAAACAGAGACAGUAGUUCUGAUGAGGAAGAAGGACAAGCCUUCUAUGCUGGCGGUUCCAAGACAAGCGGGCAGCAAAUUUUGGGACCUGGAAAGAAAAAUGACAUCAUAACUGACAUGUUCAAGUCGUGUCAAGAGCAGGCUACUGGUGAAUCAAGUAGAGGAAGCUCCCACAGUAGACCAACAACGUUUGUUGGUACUGGAUAUAAAUUGGGCAUGACAAGCAAUGAUACUGAAGUUGUAAGUCCUUCACCAUCCGACAGAAGAGCAUCUACUGGUCUCAUUACUCUGAAACUAUGGCAAAAUGGUUUUACCAUUAAUGACAGGGAAAUUCGACCAUAUGAUGAUCCAGCAAAUAAAGAAUUCCUUGCAGCAAUCAAGCGUGGAGAAAUUCCAAUGGAAAUUCGGCAAGAAGUGCAAGGUGGAGAGGUACGUCUUGAUAUGGAAGAUCACCGCCAUGAAGAAUAUGUUCCUCCAAAAUCUAAGGUUGUAGCCUUUACUGGUAAAGGCCAAAUGCUUGGCAGUCCUUCUCCAGCUACUGUUGGAAUGACAAUGCCAGUAGAUCCAGCUGAUCAAGCAGCCAAUGAGGCAUUGGCUAGAAACCAGUUGAAUCUCAAUGAUGAACAGCCAUUAACAACAAUUCAAAUUAGAUUAGCUGACGGUAGCAAUGUGAGGGCACAGUUCAAUUUGUCUCACACAAUUGGAGAUGUCAGGAGAUAUAUAACUACUAUGAGACCUCAGUAUGCACUCAGGGAAUUCAGUUUACAAACAACAUUUCCUACUAAGGAACUGACUGAAGAAAAUAAAACUAUCGAGGAGGCAAACCUUCAGAAUUCUGCCAUCAUGCAACGACUGAAAUAAUCAAUAAUUAAAUGCCUAGCCGCUUUAUAAUCGUCUACUUUAAAUAAAUUCUUUAUUCAUUAAACAAGUCUAAAAAUAAAAUUUAUACGAAAAUUA